CAAAAUGGCGGCGGUCGGGCGUGAGGCUGGAGCCGACCGGAGGGCUGCAGGUGUGGUGCAGGUGGGAGCUGGGGAAGCGCCCAAGGACAUCAAGAUGCCAACAUACAUAUAUGGUCAGUCCAGUCCUUCUCUAGGAGAUGCAAAUCUCAGAAAACCAAUGGUCAUCGAAAUCAUAGAAAAAAAAUUUGAAUAUCUUAGGAAAGAAAAGACUUUAAAUAUAUAUGGAACAGUGACCUUUGGAACAACAGCUGGUUUCUCUGGAAUAUUGGCAAACUUAAUUUUCAGACAUUGCUUCAAGGUUAAACAUGAUGCUUUGAAGACAUACGCAUCAUUGACUACACUUCCAUUUUUGUCUACUAUAGUUUCUUGUGAGCUUCUUGUAAGACAUGCUUUGUAUUCAGGUAAUAUAAGCCGGGAAAAUUGUGUUCUGAGAAGUUCACUGAUUGGCAUAGUGUGUGGUGUUUUAUAUCCCAUUGCUUUAGCUUUUUCUAAAAAUGGACGUCUGGCAGUCAAGUAUCAUACUGUUCCACUGCCACCAAAAGGAAGGGUUUUACUUUAUUGGCUGCUGCUUUGUCAAACAGAGAUAAAAGCAAUGGUGAUUCCUCUUAUCCUUCAGACAGCCCUUGGAAUAUAUCAUGGUCUAGAGCAUUAUGCAAUAUUCGAAAGUACACUUGAGAAAACUGUACAUGAAGAUUAACCAAAGAAUGAAUGGAUACUAAAUCAGCAUAAUGGACUUUUUUAUGAUGAGGACUUAGGCACUGCUGA